AUGAGCGCGUACUGCCGCGUGACGUACGAAACGGUGUUUGACGACGAAUUGCGUGUGUUUGUGACGACGCAAUUGAUCAAAUAUGUGCUCUUUAUGCGGGGCCAAGUGCCGUGUCUGUAUGACGAGUUGCUGCACUUGGUCGAGCGCUUCCGACGCAAGCAGCACGUGGAUCCACUAAAGAUACAGAGCAGGUUGCGAGUACGAGGAGGUCUCCAGGAGGCAGUCAAGUGCGUCGAGGCAGCGGAGCAGUUGUUUCGAGGUCACUUGGACGCUGUGUUUGCCACACAGGUCAAGAGAGUGGCGCUCGUGUUUGGAUCGUCGACAAUGAGUCCGCGCGAGGCGUUUAUUGUCGACUUUCAAGAAGUUGUGACGGAGAAAAAGGAUGCAGACGGGUGCGUGUCGAGCACUGCUCCCUCGCCACCACAUCUUGACGUGACCGGUGCGUCGCUUGAAGACUCACCGACACGAAUACUUCGUCCUGCACGAGCCCUGAGCAGAGAAAAGGUCAUGCACCUGUGUGCUCAGAAGUGCAUGCGGGCAGUAUCUACGCAUUUGAUGCAGCAUGUUUCGAGUGCCUUGCCGGCAACGAAGCUGCAUGUUGCUGUGCUCGCGAAGCGGCAGCCCACGCGUGUGGCAGGAUUCAUUCCGAAGCAGCACUUCAAGCUGCGACUGCCAAACGAUAAGCGUGGAGUGCGUACACAUUACGUGACGAUAUGCAGUAAAGCCGCUUGUGAGAAUGAUGAGUCCAUGAGCACUGAAGCGUCUGCAGACACCAGCGACUCAGACAUGCUCUGGUAUGUGCUCGAACAGCCCAUUCCGGGCUUUUCGGAGGUCAUAAGCACUCGUAGUAGUGGUCAAUAG